AAAAAGAUGCCAAGUUCCUGUGCUCAUUCCUUCCGGCAGAGCAGGAGGGGAGAAAAGCAAACUGCUAUUGGGCAAGAGCCCUUUUCACUUUUCUCCAGACUCCUCUCUUGUCCCCUUCUCUGCUCAGCUGUCAUGGAGAAGCUCAUGCACCUUAUCUUCUUGGUCUUCUUGUCAGCAUCUUGUGCUGUAGAGAAUGUCACUGUGGUGUACGGAAUGGAGGGGGGCACCAUUUCUGUCAACUGCACCUAUAACCCCUGGCAGCAGCGGUGGCGAGAAAAGAGCUGGUGCAAGCAGAUCGACGAGACUGAGUGCCAACAUGUGGUGAGUGCCCGACGCUUCUGGCUGCCAUUCCUAAAGAAAAGGAAUGGCACCACCUCCAUCAGUGACAAUGUCCGUGAAGGAAUCCUGACAGUGACCAUGAAGCAACUCAAGAAGCAGGAUGCUGGGUUGUACCAGUGCAAAACUGACUACCUGGGAGAAACAAACAGCUUAAGGAAGGUGCAAGUGGAAGUGCUGACAGCUGUCCUGGAGACUCAGAUGCCAGAGGAGCCUAGUGCUGUGCAGAGCAUCUCCAGUAGGAAGAACAGAGGAACAGAGAAGAACCCAAACUUGAAUGAGCAGCAGGUCCUCCCUUUCACUGGUGACCAUGCACACGAUGGAAUCAGCCCCUCCUGGGAGAGCACUGCUUAGAGCUAAACCAAAGGGAAUCCACAGGAAAUAAAGAUCAAGCAUUUGCAGGCAAAGCUUUGCCACCUGCUGUAAGAAAAGGAUUGCCUACUAAGCAUAGGUAUCAAUGAAGCUGUCGCUCUACAGAGGGAAUGUCACCAUCUACCACUUCUUCCCGUUGGCACUGACCAACUUUUUCCAACACAACUGAACUGAAGAGUUGCUGCCAGUAACACCUGAACCUAAUGGAAGAGAAUGGGACUGAGGGCCAGGGGGAAAGGAGGAAUAUGAAGUCUUUCUGUCAAGAGAGCCAACUCAGACUUAUCUAUAUGCAGAGGUGCUUCCCCAGGCAUGGUAAAGGUGAGAGAGCUCUGCUCAGUUUUCCCCCAGCUCAUUCUUAGGCCAGAAAAAACUUUGCUGCUCUAUACAGCUACUGCAAGUGCUUUGUUAUGAAUGAAACUUACAGAUACACCACUGAACACAAAUAGAAGUUCAGGUAACACAUUCACAAACACAUCCACAUAAUGUAAAAAUGGAAAGACAUGGUUCUGUCUCAAAUCCCCAAGAAACUUCUCCUGAUUCACUGAAGAUGAGUGUUAAAGAACUAACAGCUUUUUUCAAGGCAUCAUACAUGUCUCUAAAAAACGCUCAAACGCUUCCCCCAAAAGCAUGAAAUAUAACCAGAACUAGAUGAUUUGUACUGAAAGCUAAUAUUACUACUUGCCUAGAAAUCAGCUUUUUAACUGAGAUUUCACUGUCUAAAGACUGAAGCUUUUGACACACUUCUCGCAAUGCAGUGCUCUGCUAUCAUCUCCAGUCACUGCCAGUAGCUGCACCACACCACCAGGCAGAGUUAUUCCAGAUACUCAUCCCCAGUAUCAUUCCACCAGGGUCUGAACUGAGACCCAUCAACUUCAUGUCAUCUCAGAGCAUUACUAGGUGAGGGAUUCUGGCUUUCCAAGGUGAUGAAGACUAGCUCCCAAAGAUUCCCUUGGACAGUGUGGGUCCUUGGUGAACAGUCACUGUGGAAAGGUGUAAGGAACUGCAGAACAUAACAGAAAGGGAUGUGAAGUCUACACGCAGCUCUGAACUUGCUUUGUCAUUUCUCAAGUGAUUUUGCAAACAAAGAAUGAACUGUCUCUUUGAAGGUCUCCCUGUAUUUUUUCUGCCCUCUCAAGGGGAUGUUACUGACAUGUGAUCAUAGCCCAUCACUCUCCAAAGCGAAGAUGCAUUUAGCUCUCCCAGGAAGACCCCAAACCCAAGGGCUUUCACACUUCUUUUCCCUGCACUGCCUGCAAAGCUAAAUAAAAUCAAACUGAUUAUCUGA